AUGCUUCACAUCUUCUCUUCUUCUCCGACGCUGCCCUACAUAUUACACACCACCAUCACAUUGUUUAUAAUUUUUAUCACACUAUAUCUUUGUCGUUUCUUGGUGAUCUAUGCAUCUGGGAAAUACAGGCUACAUUAUGUCUCUGUUAUUGGUUUUGAGCUAGCCAAGAAAUAUGGACUCUUCAACACAUCAACAUGUUCCAGAUUGUUGGGAUGGCUAUCGUUAAAAAGACAAGUGGAGAUGGGUUACAUCAGUACAGUUUUUAUCCCUAAGACUGUUUUUUUGGGUAAAUGGUGGAGUAGCUUAAAUAUUUAUCUCGAUUCAUGUACCUGGACUCCUUAUCAGGUAAUGCAUAUAUCUGAAUCUGCAAAAGAUUUCAACUGCCUACUCUGGCUUGUGGGGACCGGAAAACUCAAAUCCACUGUUUCAGAUCGGGCUUCUGCCUCCCCUAGAGAUCGCCUUAAUUAUGAUAGAAGAGUAUUACAGUUCACAGGGCUGAGUAUAGUCGGUUAUUUCCACGCCAAUGAACGAUUCGAUGAUCUAGAGCUCGGUACCGUUGCUAAGAACAUUGCCGAUCACGUUCAUCGUUAUUUCCCCCAAGCCGCGGUUCUUUUGCUAGAUAACAAAAAGCUUGGAUCUUUGAGAAACAAGAGGGACAAGACUCCUGCAGUGCAGGUUUAUGCACGAGAUUCCUCCUCCUCUUCCAGGAUUUGGAAGCAGGUCGAGUCAGAUCACAUGACCACCAAGGAGCCAUCUGCCAACAUCGUCCUUUUGGAUUUCAUUUCAUCCGAGAAAUGGAAUGAUAUCGUAGACUUCGAUGACCACCUUGAUGACAUCACCAAGGAUUGGCUCAACUCUCAACUCUUCAAAUAGGAUUCCAAUUCUUUCUUUUUUGCUUUUCCCAUCUCACCUGUAACCUUAACAUGUGUGUUUAUUUUUGGUUUAUCGAGUUUGUUUUUGACUUGAAUGAGGAUUAGCUUUUCUGUAGUUGGAGUUGGUUUGAACAGAAUCAGAAACUGCAUUACGUCUUUCUUAAACAUGAAAUAUUUAACUUUGAAAAAAUCAAUCA